AUGUCUGAAGAAGUUGCUCACAUUUUGAGCGACGAAAGGCGCUUUACAUAUAUCUGUAAAACUGAACGUAGAUUACGUGACAGAAUAUACGAGCACAUGUACGCUAUUGAUAGGAAAAAGAUGGAUAAUGCCCUGGCUAGACACUCUCAAAUGUAUGAAGGGCACACUUUUUCUUUUAAAGCAAUUAAUCAAGUACAAGUGGAUAGAAGAAAGAAAGAAAGUGAAAUGUUAAAGAAAGAAGGAAAUGAUCGAUUUAAAGAAACAGCAUAUACUGAAGCAGAAACCUGUUACACAGAAGCUCUUCGAAUCUGUCCCUACUGCUUCCAAAAAGAGAGGGCUAUUUUGUACUCUAAUAGGGGAGCUGCAAGGAUGAAGCAGAGUAGAGAAGAAGAAGCAAUUAAAGAUUGUUCCAAAGCAAUAGAACUGAAUCCAGAUUACAUACGUGCGAUACUAAGAAGAGCAGAGCUGUAUGAAAAAACAGAGAAGUUGGAUGAAGCAUUAGAAGACUAUAAAACCGUUCUAGAGAAAGAUGCAUCAGUACAUCAGGCAAGAGAGGCUUGUAUGCGGUUGCCAAGACAGAUUGAAGAGAGAAAUGAGAGGCUGAAGCAGGAAAUGAUGGGAAAACUGAAGGACCUUGGAAAUUUGCUUCUUAAGCCAUUUGGACUGUCAACAGAUAAUUUUCACGUCAAUCAGGACAGUGCCUCAGGUUCCUACUCUGUCAACUUUGUUCAAAAUCCUAACAACAACAAUCGAUAACCGGCAUGGCUGCUCUGCUUGCUUUUCUUUGAGGAUCUUCCAGCUGCUGUCUGUAAACAAAAUUAGUGUACUGCCAGAUAAAAACACUUCCUGCAACUGUUUCACAAUUAAUCCACCUUGUUGUUCAAUUCAUGAAAAUUAAAUUAAAUACUGGUGUAGUUGAACAAUACCACCACCUCCUACUUCCUGAAGAUGUUUCACCUGGCCUACUAAUCCACCUGAAAGUGUGAUACCAAUGUUUAAAUUGCAUUCUUUCUCUUGGAAAUAGCACAUUUUCAUAAGUACUUUUAAAAGAACAUUUGCUAUGAAAUGUUUAUUUGUGUUUUGGAGUAGCAGUAAAUAGUAGUUUUUGUUUUUUAUGUUGCAGUACCUCCAUAGUGGCCCAUUAUUCCUGCAUAAGCCAUACAGUUAAAUUAUUGCAUUAAAAAUAGGCUGAUGGAAUGGUAAAAGCAUGUGUAAAUGAAAGAUAGCCUCACUGAUGCAACUAUUGCCAUGAAUAUGUAGGUAAACAUCAAGGGUAUGAAUUCUUCCUUUUAUCCUUAGUGCACUACAGUGUAGCUGAUGCAUUCUAAUGACAUUUGAAUAACCUCAGAAUGCCCUGUGGUGAAUUGUAACCAUUUGGAAAUGUUUAAUAGGAAGUUUGUUUAUACUUAUAGAAUCCCCCACACACACUUCACUAAAGCAAAUAUCAGAAUCCUGAAACUAAAAGUACCUAAAGCACAUUAUUCUGAAAGAUUAUUAAUUUGAACCAGAAUCAGUUGUGAAAAAUGCAGUCUCUUUAUAAGUUCAUAAGUUUAUACUAGGCUAACUACUACCAGAGUCUUUACAAGCAUAGUCAUGCAGUCUAACACAGUUUUGUCCCAGACUUCCUUGGGGUAGCUAAGGGUUACGUGUGUGUGUGUGUGUGUGUGUGUGUGUGUGUGUGUGUGUUAGUUGGGGAUUAAUUUACUUACUGUCAACCUCUGCCCAUUAGAGACAUGGGGGCCAGACUGAGGGUUAAUUUGCAAUUUCCCAUCCAGUGAUGGAGGUUUUGUUUGAAAAGGGUCAGGGAUGAACUCUGCUUCAUAGAUAGGAAGCCUUUUCCAUAGUGCAGGAAUUCUUUGAGACACAUAUCUGUCCUUCCACCAUGUUCUAUUUAUGUUGCAGGCAGAAUUCAGGUCUUUGGAUGUACAUUUCUGGUGCUGUUUGUUUUGCAGUUGUGCAAGAGAUCUGUCAGAGCUGGAUCUGAGGAUGUAUAUGGUAGGCAUAGAUCACCUCUCAGUAACCUGUAGGAGACUAGAGUGUAGAGAUGAGCCUUAAGGCAAUCUGUGUAAGACGAGGGUAUUCAUACCAUGGAGUCUCAUGGUGAGGAACAUUGUAUAUCCAAUGUUCACACUUUCCUUUAUUUCCAUGUGAAGGGUUGUUUCCUUUACUUAUGUUUGUUUUUCUUACUCGUAGGUGUCACCCUCUAAGAUCAGUGCAACAUUUUGAUUAAUCUGAAACCAGACAUUGCACAAAUCUGUGAAGCUGUGUGACUGUCGUUUGAGAACAUUUAAAUAUCAGAGGGUGUGGGAGUUGUCCCCUUGUAUAAAUUUGGAUUUGGGGGGUUGUUGUAGCAGUGACAGUGCCUGCACUUAUGUGCCAUUGUUUUUAAUGUUUUGUUCUUUGGUAGUGUUUGAGUCUUGAUAUAGUGCUUUUGAUAUUUUAAGUUGCAGGAUUUUGUUUUUAUGAUUUUGUGAUUCAUUGAGAUGUGCUGAGAAAUUUUCUUAUUGCUUCUUUGAGAAUCAGCUGACUAUUUGAAAACCAUUUUACAGUCUGUAAGAUGCUUACUUAAUUCAGAUGCCUAGAGUAUGAUCUGAGGUGCAACAGCUAACAUCAGUGAUUGUUUCCUCCAUUUGUCUUUUUGGUAAUUCAUUACCUGUGGACUGUGACAUUCCAAAGUAGCCAGUAGGAGUCUUGCAGGGAGGAGUGACUAGUGGAGUAAUGUGGGCCACUGAUUUGGUUGGUUCCUUCACAGAGCCUUUACUCAUAGAUAAUGAAUUGUAUAAAAUGUAACAAUGGUGUCAGUUGUCUAUUAUUACAAUGAUUUUCUCACAUAACCGUCUCUUCAAAAACUUCCUUACUGAAAACUAAUGAGAUUCUUCAUCUUUGUUGGUUUAUUUAGUAAAAAAAAAUAUCCUUGUAUUAUGCAUGCAUGUCUGAGUGCGUGUGUGUGCACAUCUAUUUACGCACAUCCACAAACGCAUUCCCUUUUUGCUUGGUUUCAAAAAAUAUGUCGCUUAUGAUGCAAACAUCCAAUGCUCAAGUGUUUAAGGAAUAGUUGCUCAUUUAAUCAGUCAUGGGUGAAAACUGCGUGAAAGUUUGUAGUGCUUUAAAAUAUUUGAAGUAUGGAAGUAUAACAGAUUUUUGUUGAUACUUAACAGUUUGAGUGUGUUUGUGAGCACGGAGAACAUUUUGACUCCAACUUCACCUAUCUGGCAUAAAUAAAUCUAUGUAAAAUCAGA